AUGAAACCGUCAUUGUUUAAAGGGGGGAUUGCCCCACUGAAAGCAGAAGUAUGGGUGCUAGGCAUUGAGAAAAUGUUUGAUAUCUCUCUGUGUACUGAGGCACAGAAAGUUCUACUUGCUGCUCUUACAUUGGAAGAUGAAGCACGCCGAUGGUGGAUGCUGAUAAGAUAUGAACAUCAGGGAACGAAUUGGGCUGAAAUUUUGGAAGUCUUUUGUGAAAAGUAUUUCCCACCGUGUAUUCGAGAUAGGAAUGUGAUAGAGUUUGAAAACUUGAAACAAGGAAACAAAACCGUAGCAGAAUAUGAGGCACAGUUUACCAAGUUAGCCCGUUUCGCACUGCACAUGGUCAACACGGACUACAAGAAGGCGAGGAAAUUUGAGGGAGGACUCUGA